AGGCCCCGGGCCCCGCCCCGCGCGCAGGCGCACCCUCGCUGUUCGGGUCCGCCCUUAUUGGAGAUUUGAAUUUCCCCCAGCGAGGCGAGCGAGGCGAAAUACCCGUAUGGUGAUUGCUGGCCUUUUCGCGCCAAUACUGAAAAAGGCAGAACGUUCCUCCACUGGAGCCAACCAAUCAGCAGGACUCCUGCCUUCCUUCGGGGCAAGGUCGCAGCAUCUGCCUCGGAAAUCACGGGGCUUCUUCCUGCUGGCUCAGCUGGGAGGCCCAGAGUGUUCUGCAGAGGCCGCAUUUUGAAGGCUCCUCUCUGAAGCUCCCUGACCCAGGUCAUACCUUGACGUCCAGAUGAAGCCGGAGUGGGGACAGGCCCUCAUGCACGUGGCUGUGGCCAGCAGCCUCUGUGCUGUGGCAGUGUCCACAGGCAUUUUUGACAGCGUCUCUGUGCAAGUGGGCUACGAGCACUACGCCGAGGCGCCGGUGGCCAGCCUCCCUGCCUUCCUGGCCAUGCCCUUCAACUCGCUAGUGAAUGUGGCCUAUGUGCUGCUGGGGCUGUUCUGGCUGCGCAGGGGUGGCGUGGUAGGACCAGGUACCCGCUAUCUGAAGGAUGUGUUCGCGGCCAUGGCCCUGCUCUAUGGCCCCGUUCAGUGGCUGCGCCUGUGGACACAGUGGCCCCGUGCUGCCGUGCUGGACCAGUGGCUCACCCUGCCCAUCUUUGCAUGGCCUGUGGCCUGGUGCCUAUACCUAGAACAGGGCUGGCGGCCCUGGCUGUUUCUUUCCCUUGAGUGUGCCUCCCUGGCGAGUUACAGCCUCACUCUGCUGCAUCACCAGGGCUUCGAGAUAGUGCUGGGCAGUCACGUAGUGGCUGCUGUGGGGCAGGCCCUUUGCACCCAGAGGCGCUAUGGCACCGCCACCUCGGCCACGUACUUAGCUUUGGGAGUGCUCUCCUGCCUGGGCUUUGUGGUCCUCAAGCUGUGUGACCAUCAGCUCGCACGGUGGCGUCUCUUCCAGUGCCUCACAGGCCACUUCUGGUCCAAGAUCUGUGAUGUGCUCCAGUUCCACUUCGCGUUUGUGUUUCUGACGCAUUUCAGCACUCACCCAAGAUUCCAUCCCUCCAGCAGGAAGAUGCACUGACAACUCCCCAGCAUUGAAACUGACUCUGGGAUGGCAGCGUGGUAUCAGUGUGGGGCGUCCUGCGGGUGACGGUACGCACUGAUCACCAAGACUGCCCUUCCCUGAGAAGCUACAGGCUUCGGUGUGGAGGGGUGAAACGCUGUGAUUCUGGCAACUUACUUUCAAAGACAGAAAGCAACGAUCCCGGCACAGGGGAUGCGGGUACUCCUGAUGUAAUUCUCAUAACUUUUCUGUACUUUGAAAUGUUUCCAAAUAAAUAUUGGCAAGGGUAGUGGAAAUGACCCUAAGAAGUCCCUCAUGCACAUGGUUGGACAGAGA